GUCAACCACGAGUUGACGUUGACACAUUUAAAUCAACCAAUCUCUUUAUCUGACACCAAAAGGUGAAUAUUGGGGGCUUACACCACUAUAUAUUUACCUGCACAAGUAUAUCCAUCUCACACAGACAGUGAUCAGACACUACUCGCCUUGUCUGACGUUUACGCUCAAACAUACAAAAUGGUGAGUCGUGAUGAAUUGAAGAUCAAUUUUGUUUUAUUUGAAAUACAUUUCAUGUUGUUUUAGAAUAAGCCAUUUAUUCCUAUUCAUUCUGUAGCUUAACUUUUCUCUGAUUUUAUGACAUUGUAGUUGAUUGCAUGUUAUUGAUGUUUUCCUAGAGCUCCCUGGAUAAUGACAUCAACCAGCACUUCCAGGAUGCAAUUGAUGUGAUUCAAUGGCACUCUGACAAUCCGUAUUGUGAUACAGGUAUACUUACACUCCAACACUCAUGCCAGAAAACUAGAUUUAAAUCUGAAUGCUAACAAUCACCAUCAUUAUAUUAGGCACAGACAUUAUUGUUAAUACUUUUUUUGUAUUGAGCAUGUCAGGAAAAUUAUUCUAUACGUUUUAGUCUCCUUGGUUCUGGCAGUGAAGACUGUAUUGAAUGAAUAUCCUUUUUCUCCCUCCACUUAGAGUACAAGUACUUUGAGCCUCCAAUGCGACCGAGCAUAAUGUGCUCCUACCCCAUCACACACCCGUCUGAUGUGCCAGGCCCAUAUGACUGGAAUGAGCAAACGGUGAGUGUACAGAACAAGUGGUUCUAUUUUACCAGUAUAGUACUAUUGACUGACUUCUCCAAGUUUGCACUACUGUGAUGUGUGGUUACAGUACAUGUAUGUGUCAUGUGGAUGUGACUCACCUGGCCAGUCUCUCUCUCCUCGUCUUGCCAGUCAUGGCCUCAUGUUGUUCCUGACGACUCACUGGGUCCAUCUGGAACCGUGGAGUACCCCCAGUUCUACUCCAUCGCACCGCCACCGAGGAACGGCAAAGGUGAGCAGAGUUUGGCCAUCAGUGAUGAGCGAUGACAAUGUCUGUAAGAGGUGUGAGAGAGUACAACUACAAAUGCUAGAAUUGAACAUGUUUCUAAUACGUUAGUAUUCUAUUACUUCAGAUUUUUGAUUGCCAAGUAUCAAAUUGACAUCAUUACAACUGAAUUUCUGUCUGUUUAGAAUUGUAUUAUUUCUAAAGUCAACCUUUUAAUAUCAUCAGGUCGCAAGAAGAUGCGUCUUUAUGAGUACCUGCAUGAGUCUCUGGGCGAUCCCAACAUGGCUGACUCCAUCCAGUGGACAGACCGUGGCAGCAGCACCUUCCACUUCAUCUCCAAGAACAAAGAGAAGUUGGCCGAGUGCUGGGGCAAGCGCAAGGGCAACCGCAAGACAAUGACCUAUCAGAAGAUGGCAAGGGCGCUGCGCAACUACAGCCGAACGGGCGAGAUCGUAAAGGUGCGCCGCAAACUCACCUACCAGUUCAACCCGUUGAUCAUCCAGAGGCUUGGGGGCAUCAGUCACGUCAUUCCCCCCGCCGGGCACCCCGGGGCUGGUCACCCUGGGCGGGAGGUGCUCCUCCACCAGCAGCAUGCCCCAGCUGAACAGGUCUACUAUGGCUGUGCUUCUGCACCUGACUGGCACAGCUGGUAUGGACAUUACUCCCUCCAGGGAGACUGUGAUCUUGCCACAAGCUUCACUUCAUCCACAGUCACCAAGAUGUGAACUCCGGUAAUGUCACUGUGGAAAAUAACAGAGGUUAAUAGCUGCUUUAGCUAGCUGUCAAUUCAUACUGCUACUCCUACAUACUUUUGUGGGGGCCUACAACUUUGCAGACAUUGUGUUAUGUGUGUCAGGAAACGUAACAGUCAUGGUAAAGAAAAUGUAAAAAUGUUUUCCCUUCGUUAGUCAGCACCUUGUGCAGUUUAAAAUAAAAUGUAAUGACCAAUGAUCAGGUAUUGUGGAUCAUUGAAUAUGUAAAUAAUGAAAAUAUAUUAACUUUUUUUAUCUAUGAGAACUGUCAACCAGUUAUAAGCAUUUGGUGUGAGUACUGUACAUAUAAAGGGAAAAAACUACAAUGUUGGUUUCAAAUAUGAACAUUUAUUACUGCAUGUCAUUUUGUAAAUAAUGAAUUGAAAUCCUUUGUAUCUCGCGCAC